GCCGGACAAGAAAACUACCGCAAGUUCUUCAUCACAAUCCUUGUAUUUCCAGUAUGUAUCCUUCUCAAAAUGAUGCUCACACAUACACAACUGACGGGCAUCCAGGGCCAGUCCCAGUUUCAGGAAUUCCAAACCCCAGUCCAACACAACCCUAUCCUCAUCCUCAAGCUCCAUAUAUCUCCUCCGGCGUGCGGGUUCGUGUACCGGGGAAAUGGUCUACUGGUCUUUGCCAUUGUUGCGAUGAUGUAGCCAAUUGUUUUGUCACUUGCUUUUGUCCUUGUAUAACGUUUGGACAGAUUGCCGAGAUAGUGAGUAAAGGGUCAUCCCCUUGUGCUGCGAGUGGUGCACUUUAUGGACUAUUGGCUAUGACUGGAUUUGCCUGCUUGUAUUCAUGCUCCUUUCGCUCAACUAUGAGGGCUCAAUACGACUUGGCAGAGUCACCCUGUGUGGAUUGUUUAGUGCACUUCUUCUGUGAAGCUUGUGCACUGUGCCAAGAAUACAGAGAACUCCAAGAACGCGGCUUUGACAUGGGAAUAGGAUGGGAGUCCAACAUGGACAGACAGAAACGAGGAAUUACAGUUGCUCCAAUGGUGGCAUCAGCCAUGAGAAGAUGAAAUCAAUUCUCAUGCAUGCAUGUGGAAUUUUGGCUACUGCUGCUUCUGCUUCUGCUUGAUCGAUCGUGUGCUACUGCUAGUGUGAUAUUACUCGUGUAAUCUCUUGUGUAUGUUGUUGUAUUGCUUCUUGUAGUUGUGGCUUUUGGAAUAUUAUUGUUUGCUUGUUAUAUUUGCACAGAAGAACAAAAAAAAA